UGGUUUUAGUGAGGAUGUGAAGUAAAGUAAUGAGAAUUGGGAUGGAAAAGGUGUUUUUGUUGGUAACCCUCUUUCCCUUAGAUCGCCCAUCCUGAUGCCUCCCUCAAAGAAAACCAAAGCUAAAAAAAACUCAACCGAAUCACCGGCGCCGGCAGUUUCAACUUCCAACUUUCCAGCAUGUAUUCGUGCCGUUCCUCCUUCCUCCGUCGCCAUCACCAUCCAUGCCAAGCCAGGCUCCAAACAAGCCACCGUAACUGACUUGAAUGACGAUGCUGUUGGGGUCCAAAUUGACGCACCUGCUAAAGAUGGUGAAGCUAAUGCUGCACUUAUCGAUUACAUAAGCUCCGUUGUGGGGGUCAAAAAAAGACAAGUUUCUAUAGGUUCAGGGUCGAAAUCCAGGGAUAAGGUCAUCAUCGUGGAGGAUGCUACUUUACAGAGUGUUUUUGAUGGUCUAAACAAAGUUUUGAAAGAUCAAUGACAGAAACUACUGAGCCAUGGUAUGUUCAUGUGGUAUUGGACAAGGCACUACUGGAUCAAAAGAAAAGAAUUUGCUUUGACAAGGCACAACUCAAGAUAUUCUUGUUAGCAACUCUAAAACAUGCAUCACCAGACUUGUGAUUCUGAUUGUGUGUGUUUUAGGGGCCAACUAUGCAACUACUAGAGAAGUUCAAUUGCGAAUGCCAGAUUCAGCUUCUCAUUCAUACCUAUCGUUGCAUAAAAACACAUCGUGUCAUUAUGUCUUGGUUAAAAUGUUUUAUGUUUUGACGUGAACAGGUUGAUUAGUCAAUUAGUAUGUCUUAAGCUUUAUGGUGGUGAAACAAAAGAACUGCCAUUUCAACCAAAAGAUUUGUUUCUCAGAUGAAAUUGCAUGUAGAUCUAUUCUGAAGUACCUAAACUGAAAUUGCUAGAUUAUUUAAAUCUAUGAUAUGCUACAAAUUUGCACA